AUGUCAACCGGGCAGAUCUGUAAUCACGAGCUGAUAAACUUGGACGCACUCAUACGGCACAAGCGAAAGCAUGAACCACCCGGAGGUUUCCUGACUUUGCGUGAAAGCUAUGAAAUAGUAGACGAAUCUUAUCGGUGCUCUCGCUGCCCGCUACAGUACACGACAGAGUAUCUGAUUGCCCGGCACCUGGAGCGUGUUCACGGCUGCCAGCUGGCGGAAACGCUUGAGAUGUUACAGUACAUGAAGCGAACCGCUCAAGAGAAGCUGUACCGCUGCAAGUACUGUGAUCGGACGUACAUCAGUUUGACGCGGCUCAAGAACCAUCUCACGCACCACGGCCCUAAUGGUACCCUGCGGCACAAGUGUCCCUGCUGCGGUACGUACUUUGAAACGGCAGAGGAAGCACGUUCCCAUGCCCUAGCGAUGCAUCGCGAGCGUCUGGAGUGUGGCAGUUGCGGUAAACAGUUUCAGGACCCGGAAAGUUUGCAGAGUCACAUCCGGUAUGCGCAUCGUGGCGCCAAAGAAGCGCGCCGUUUCCGGUUCGUUUGUCAUCGGUGCGGUAAAAACUUUCCUUCGCGAACCGUUCUGACCGAUCACGAACGAUCCAACUGUGGCGAGACGCCUCUGUAUCGGUGUGAUACGUGUGGCAAACACUACUCCAGCUUCUGCUCGCUAAAGGCACACCAGACGGUGCACGAGGAUCGGUUGGCGUUCGCGUGUGGCUACUGCCAGAAACGCUGCCGCACCAAGGGGCAGCUAAAGGUGCAUGAACGUUCGCAUACCGGGGAGAAACCGUUUCAGUGUGAACACUGUCCGAAAUCGUUCCCAUAUCGGGAAUCGCUUGUCACGCACCGGUCAACGCAUACAGGAAUAAAGCCACACGCCUGCGACGUCUGCGGCCAGAAGUUUACCUGUAUUGCGAAUCUGCAGUCGCAUCGACGAGCAAGGCGAACAACCUGCGGGAAGGAUAUGAAUAAACGAAAACCAACAAACUACAAAACGCCUCCAGAGAGCAAAGGAUGUAAAUAA